AUGGCAGCCAAUCCGCGUUCAGAGGUGGAUCUAACGUGUUUGCAUCGACCAAUGACAGACAAGGAAGUGGGCGUUGGGCGGGCCGAAGCGGUAGUCAACCUUCAGCAGCUAGCAUUCACCACUAUGAUGCAGCUUCAGUACCCAUUUGAAGGGUUUUCACAGCAAUUGAAGAGUUCGGCAUGCUCAGAAUCGCUUUCGCCAACUUCCGACAGACGCAUGAGAAGAAAUCGUACCGCGUUCAGCGAGUAUCAGCUUGAUCGACUCGAAAAGACAUUUGAACAGUGUCAUUAUCCAGACAUUGCUCAGCGAGAGAAACUAGCAAAGGAAACGCAGUUGCCAGAAGCAAGGAUUCAGGUCUGGUUCAAGAAUCGCCGAGCCAAGCAACGAAAACGAAUGAGGAACCAAUGCGACUCCCCACUCCCACCAGCCCCUAAUAAUGCUCCAAAAGAAAACACUAUAUUCACUUGGACCCCCGGAAGCAUGUUCGCCAACUUCUUCCCACCACAUCCCGUCUCCUACGCCCCUUAUCCAUCAUUUGUUCACUAUAAUCAGACACAAGUUCCCUUCCAGAACUUUCCGCCACCGUUCAACAUGUGAUAUGUAUAAUGUACAUUUGGACCUUCUAGCAAUUUCUAGCUUUAAUUGACGCUCUGGAGUACUAUUAACCAUUUUGAUUGUGUAUACAAUUCAAUAAACUUG